CUUUUCUUCAUAACAUUUCUUGGUGUCUUGAUUUUUGAUAGAAACCAAGAACACCUCUCUCAUGGGAGGUCUUGUAAGCAUGAUUACCAUGUUAAAAACUCUUGCAUUUGUUUUAACUUUAUCAGGUUUAAGAGAAGUCAAAUCCUUUGGCAUCAACUAUGGGCAGGUCGGGAAUAAUUUGCCGCCACCGGAAAGAGUUAUCGAUCUCCUCCACUCUCUCAGGCUAACAAAAACCCGAAUCUACGACACCAACCCGCAAAUUCUAAGAGCGUUUGCCAACUCUAGCAUCGAAAUCGUCGUGAUGGUCGAAAAUGAGAUGUUAUCGACUUUGAUGGAUCCAAACCAAGCUAUUCAGUGGGUCAUGACCCGUAUCAAACCCUACGUUCCGGCUACAAGGAUCACUAGCAUCGCCGUCGGUAAUGAGCUCUUCACUGGUGGUGACACCACUCUCAUAUCAUACCUUGUGCCGGCCAUGGUUAGCAUCCAUGCAGCCUUGGUCCAGGUUGGGUUGGACGGGUUCAUGCAUGUCUCAUCUCCAAGUUCGCUAGCGGUUCUUCAAGAAUCCUACCCGCCAUCAGCUGGUGCAUUCCGACCCGAACUGAACCGGAUCAUGCCCCAACUUUUGCAAUUUUUGGCUGCUACAAAGGCUCCAUUUUGGAUCAAUGCGUACCCGUAUUUUGCUUACAAUGGCGACCCGAGUAGGAUCUCUCUGGACUACACAUUGUUCAACCCAAACCCGGGAGUGGUUGAUCCAUAUACAAAGCUCCAUUAUGACAAUAUGUUGUACGCACAAGUCGAUGCGGUGAUAUUUGCCAUGGCAAAGAUGGGGUAUGGAGGGAUUGAGGUUCGGGUUUCAGAAACAGGAUGGCCCUCCAUCGGAGAUCCGAGUGAAGUCGGGGCAACCGUUCAUAACGCUGCAAUUUACAAUGGGAAUUUAUUGAGGAGACAAUGGAGAGGUGAAGGGACUCCAUUGAGACCUAAGACAAGGUUGGAGGUGUACAUGUUUGCAUUGUUCAAUGAGGAUAUGAAGCCCGGCCCAAUAUCAGAGAGAAACUUUGGAUUGUUGAAGCCCGAUGGGACGAUGGUUUACAAUCUCGGACUAUCCGAAGGUAUAGCUAAUUGAUCAACUCUUCAUAUGAAAAUUUAUCUAGUCAUACCAAAACCAUCCUAGCUUCAUGAAUGGUAAAAACAUACACCUUGUUUAGUCAUUAGAUGUAGCAUCAAUAAACAAGUAUACUACUUUCUUUAAUUAGUUUUGUCAAAAAGUACAAGUUCG